AUGCGUGGCCGGCUGGGUACUCUGCGUGGAGCAGCGCAGAGCAAAACGCCUCGCCGAGCUGCGCUUGAAGUCGUCUGUCGCGCUUCUAGCAGCGCUUCGUCAUCAGGCAGCUCGCGACCAUAUUAUCCACCUGGAAGCUCCAUCCCCGGCGGUGGCAUGUAUGGAAACGGCGUGAAUGGGGCAAGCGCGAGCAGCUCCCGCCCGAUGACCGCCGCGGAGGUCCAGCAGCGCACGGAGCAGCUGCGCGAGCUGGUGCAGGAGACGAUUCGCAUCACCGUCAGCACGGGGCCACGCGGCAUCUUCCGGGCCAUGCAGGCCGCGCAGUCGGUGGCGGGGCUAGCGGCGGAGUACCUGCAGGCGGGCGCCGUUGACGCUCCCCCCGUCUUCCUGAGGAAGCUGUUUGAGAAGCUGGGCGCCACCUACAUCAAGCUGGGCCAGUUCAUCGCCAGCAGUCCCAGCCUGUUCCCGGACGAGUACGUGCUGGAGUUCCAGAAGUGCCUGGACAAGACGGAGCCGGUGCCCUACGCCACCAUCGAGCGCAUCAUCGAGCAGGAGCUAGGUCAGCCCUGGGGCAACGUGUUCUCCUCCAUCGACCCCGUGCCGCUGGCCUCAGCCUCCGUGGCGCAGGUUCACGCCGCGGUGCUGAAGGACUCGAACAAGCAGGUGGUGAUCAAGGUGCUCAAGCCGGGUGUGGAGGACACGCUGACCACCGACCUGUCCUUCGUCUACCUGUGCUCGCGCUUCCUGGAGUUCCUGCAGGAGGCGACCCACUACCAGCACUUUGCCACCUUCCUGGACUCCCGCGGCUACCGCAACAUCGCCACCACCCCCUUCAUCUACAAGAACUUCUCCAGCAGGCGUAUCCUGGUGAUGGAGCGGCUGGUGGGUGCGCCGCUGACGGACCUGUCGGCGGUGCGGCGGGUGGCGGGCGCCAGCCGCGACCCCGAGCAGGUCCUGAUCAACGCGCUCAACACCUGGUUCGCCAGUGUCAUGUCCGCCGACACCUUCCACGCAGACGUGCACGCAGGCAACCUGCUGGUGCUGUCGGACGGGCGUGUGGCGUUCAUUGACUUCGGCAUCGUGGGCCGCAUCAGUCCGGUGACGUGGCGGGCGGUGGAGGCACUGAUCGGGUCCAUGGCGCUGGCGGACUAUGAGACCAUGGCUCGGGCGCUGGCCACCAUCGGCGCCUGCUCCACAGACGUCGACUACUCCGCAUUCGCCCGCGACCUGGAGGCCUUCUUCGCCGAGCUGGAACAGAUCAACAGCAGCCUGGUGGUGACCCGCGGGCCGCCCGGGGCAGACGGUGGAUGGGCGCGCAUGGCGGGUGGCGGCGGCGGCGCCGCCAUGUCCGCCUCCCUGGAGGUGGACCAGGCGCAGCUCAACCGGCUGUUCGUGCAGCUGGUGCGCAUCGGCGAGGUGCACGGCGUCAAGUUCCCGCGCGAGUUCGGGCUGUUCCUGAAGCAGCUGCUCUACUUCGACCGCUACACCCGCAUCCUGGCGCCCAGCCUGCAGGUCUUCAACGACGACCGGAUCCAGACACGUGCCAUCGGCGUGCAGUACGGCGGCAUGUGAGGGGUGAGGGGGGUGAGGCAGGCAGAUGUGAGGGGGGGUGAGGCAGGCAGGUGUGAGGGGUGUGAGGCACGCAGGCAGGCGGAGGGAGGGCGAGAGGGCGUGAGUGAGGGCAGUGCGGAGGGGCAGGCAGGAGCCGGCGUCGGUUGAGCGGCCGGACGCGAUGCCGAUACCCUUUGAGGUCGUGCGUGUUUAUUAGGAGAGUCUGCAGCAGGCAGCUGGUGAGCACUUUUGGUGUGGCCUGUCGGGCUGGGGUGAAGGGCGUGUGAGCGGCAGGGCAGGCUGGUAUGCAUCGUGUUUGGCAGCGGUGGUAGGGGGGGCAGUCGGCCGCAGGCGAUAUAAAUCAAUAAAAAGGGUUGCGAGCGGUUGGAUUAUCCUGUGAGAGGAGUGUGUAGACCAGGUCACAACCAAGGCCACAACUGCGGCGUGGACACAGAACGCGUGGGUGCGUGGGUGUGAGGUCGGGGGCACGAACGAGAGGCGGAGGUGUUGAAUGUACGGACGGUGGCGUGAGCCUGAUGAGCGUGUGUUGCAUGGCUAAGGGAGUAGCAGGCCGUAGCGACACGAGACCUGGAGGAGUGGCACACGCGCGGACGCGCGAUUGGGUGGGAUGGGGACCCACAGUCGGUUCGCCCACCCAUGUCCACUUAAGCUGUAAAAUGUGCCGAUGUCUA